CACAAGAAGACAAAAGAACAAGAGACGGACUUGAGCAAUAAACUGCAUUUUCAGUAUGGCACAGAAGGAAAAGCUGCAGUGUCUGAAGGAUUUCCAUAAGGACACACUGAAGCCGUCUCCCGGUAAGAGUCCCGGCACGCGUCCUGAAGACGAGGCGGAGGGAAAAGCCCCACAGCGGGAGAAAUGGGCCAGCAAGCUGGAUUUCGUGCUCUCCGUGGCCGGAGGUUUUGUCGGUUUAGGAAACGUUUGGCGUUUUCCGUACCUCUGCUACAAGAAUGGCGGAGGUGCAUUUCUCAUCCCCUACUUCAUCUUUCUGUUUGGUGGUGGUUUGCCUGUCUUCUUUUUGGAGGUGGCGCUCGGUCAGUUCACCUCUGAGGGAGGAAUAACCUGCUGGGGGAAACUCUGCCCGAUAUUCACUGGAAUCGGCUACGCCUCAAUCAUAAUUGUGUCUCUGCUGAACAUCUACUACAUCGUGAUCCUGGCGUGGGGUCUGUAUUACCUGCUGCAGUGUUUCCAGCACGAGCUGCCCUGGGCGCGCUGCAGACACAGCUGGAACACGGAGAACUGCGUGGAGGACACCGUACGCAAGAACAAAACCCUCUGGCUCUCUGCCAAUGCCACCAACUUCACCUCGCCGGUCACUGAAUUCUGGGAGAGGAACGUCCUCAGCAUCUCUUCAGGGAUCGACGAGGUUGGUGGUCUAAAGUGGGAGCUUGCACUGUGUCUGCUGGCCGUCUGGGUCAUUUGCUUCUUCUGCAUCUGGAAAGGAGUCAAAUCCACUGGAAAGGUGGUUUAUUUCACAGCCACAUUCCCCUUCCUCAUGCUGAUUGUACUGUUGAUCCGCGGUGUGACUCUGCCUGGUGCCACCGAGGGCAUCAAGUUCUACCUUUACCCAGAUCUCUCCCGCCUGAAAGACCCGGAGGUUUGGAUCGAUGCAGGCACUCAGAUCUUUUUCUCAUAUGCUAUUUGUCUUGGUGCAAUGACUUCACUGGGAAGCUACAACAAGUACAAGUACAACUGUUACAGGGACUGCAUGCUGCUCGGGUGCCUGAACAGCGGUACCAGUUUCGUGUCAGGCUUUGCCAUCUUCUCAGUCCUGGGGUUCAUGGCACAGGAGCAGGGCAUAGCCAUCGCUGACGUGGCCGAGUCAGGUCCUGGUCUGGCCUUCAUCGCAUAUCCAAAAGCUGUCACAAUGAUGCCACUGCCGACAGUCUGGGCCAUACUAUUCUUCAUAAUGCUUCUGCUGCUGGGCCUAGACAGUCAGUUUGUAGAAGUGGAGGGUCAGAUCACCUCGCUGGUGGACCUGUACCCGUCCCUCCUAAGGAAGGGAUACCGGAGAGAAAUCUUCAUCGCUGUGAUCUGCGUCAUCAGUUACCUGCUGGGACUCACCAUGGUCACUAAAGGUGGCAUGUACGUCUUCCAGCUGUUUGACUACUACGCCGCCAGCGGUGUGUGCCUUCUCUGGGUUGCAUUCUUUGAAUGUGUUGCAGUAGCCUGGGUUUACGGGGCUGAUAAUUUCUACGAUGCUAUAGAGGACAUGAUCGGCUACAGACCCAACAGCUGGAUGAAAUGGAGCUGGAUGCUGAUCACCCCCGUCCUUUGUGUGGGUUGUUUUGUCUUUUCAUUGGUGAAAUACAAGCCGCUGACUUAUAACAAGCUUUACAAGUAUCCUGAUUGGUCCAUUGGCUUGGGUUGGGCUCUUGCUCUGGCUUCAAUGAUUUGCAUCCCGAUGAUGGUCGUCAUCAAAAUCAUCCAAUCAGAUGGCUCCCUGAUUGAGCGGAUCAAAGCCGUGGCGGCGCCGGUUAAAGGAGGCGCAAGCUCCCGUCCGAAGGAGUACAGCCUGAAGAACAGCGAGCUGCUUCACCCGCUGGACCCCAACGGCAUCCACGCCUUCAGCAAACACACACACACCAUCGUAGAAACUACUAUGUGAGACUCUCUAAGAGAGAUUGGCGUAUUUCUCCUCCUCUGUCCUCUCCUAUGGGAGAUUCUGCUUUCCUGUGUCGCCCCCCUCCCCUCUCUCUCUGCACUAGUGUGUUUUUACAGAAUUAUCUUAUACUGAUAUAUCUUUUUUGCCAUGUAGGAUUUGUAUUCUGAUUGUAAUCACUGGUAUUAGCAUUAAUGCUGAUAUUGUAAUAACCUGAUGUGAGCUUUAGCCGUCUGAGGCGGUUUGUUUAAUCUGUAGUGCACUGUUUUUUAGAUUUAACCACAUCCUGACCAGGUGCAACAUUUAGAUGAUUUACUGCGCAUUACUUUAUUAUUGCUCAGCAUAUCUAGCAGGGAUUUGGAUAGUAUGAGAUCAUUUUAUUACAGUUUUGGUUGAACUGAAUUUCCAAUGAUAAAAAAAAGCGUUUGGCUUAGAUGUACAGUUGAGGUCAGAAUUAUUAGCCCUCCUGUUCACUUUAAAUUCUUCAAUAUCUGUUUAACAGAGAUAAGAUGUUUUCAGCACAUUUCUAAACACAAUCAUACACCUGAUGCAAUAAGGUGCAACACAUGUUUGGCGCGAUUUGUUGCUAUUUUCAGACCAGCGCAACAGUAAUUUUCACGCUUUGCGCUAAGUUGUUUAAAUAGCAAAUGCAUUUGCACCACUUUGUGGACUCAUGAGUGUGUU